UGUAAAACAUGGCUGUAUUGUAUGCCACGUUAUUUCUUACGUUGUCGAUAUUACCCUAUUUUAUACAGAUAUGUGACAGCGAAACAACACUUCCAUGGUACGAAUCUUUACCUGCUGUUGCUAUGGAUUAUAAGGUCCAUAUUGAUGCCGGAAAGGAAGAUUGUUACUUCCAAUACGUAAAUCCCGGCGCAACAUUUUACGUGAGCUUUCAGGUACUAAGAGGUGGUGAUGGCAUGGCUGGAUUUGCUGUAAGACAUCCCAAUGGCCAGAUUGUGCAUCCAUAUCAGUGGCGACCAAAUGCAGAUUAUCAAGAUGAAGCCUCAACUGGAGGCUACUACAGCGUGUGUAUUGAUAACCAAUUCUCCAGAUUUGCAGCAAAACUUGUGAAUCUCUACCUUACUGUCAUCAGAUAUGACCAGUGGGAUAAAUUUUCCAAAGAGGUGGAAGAAUUAAACCUUAGUGUAGGCAAUUUUACUGAAUCUAUUAAAGGAGUAGAACGUAACAUUAAUGAAAUGCUGCAGUAUCAGCAUCACACCAGAGGAAGGGAAACAUGGGACUACAAUCUACUAGAAGACAACAACCGCUAUGUACAAAAUUGGUCUAUUGCUCAGAUCUUUGUCAUUACUUGUACCACUGUGCUGCAAGUUUAUUUUGUUCGCAAACUAUUUGAGAUAAAGAAUGCCAGACCAAGGGCAUGAAUAUCUUCAAGACAUUCCACAAUAUUAUGGAGGCUGAACGGGUUUUGAAUGAACUUAGGAACAAAGGAAUCUGUAUUUUGACUGUUUAUAAGGUGCAGUAUUAUAAGCUGUAUCAGUAAGAUUUAUGAAGAAAUGUAGCUUGUGAUGAUCAUAUACAAUGGAAGAAUUAAGUGUGAUAUCUGGCAAAGAAAAUGUGGAAAAUCUUUAAGGGUGGAGAUCCCCACUUUGUAGGGUUGCCAUGGUAGAAAGAUGUUUUUUCUUUGGGCUUCAAGUAGAUAUCAUUCCUGCCUUUUCAUAUGAUUUUUACUUAAUUUUUUAAAUAUAUAUUUAAAAUGGUGGAACAACUAUGGGUUGGCACUGUUAUGAGAUGAAUAUACCUUUUUUGCUGUACUUGUUCUGUUUUGUAUAUUGUAUAUGACAAUAUGUAUGUAUGUAUGUAUGAUUUUUUUUUAAACUUUUUGGUAAUUUAUGUUCAAGUUGUUUAUGAUAAAAUAUUUGUUUUUGCUAUUAAAUAUACAAAUUUGUUUUUUAACUUUUUAUGUACCGUCAGAAAAUCUAAAUGGGAGGAACCACUUGCAAGACCUAGGCACAGAUGGGACAUAAAUAUUAAAUUGUAUCUUAAAGAAAUAGGUUGUGAGUUUGUGGACAUGAUUCAUGCGGCUCAGGACUCAGUCCCUUAAAGGGUUCUGGAAAAUGCAAUAAUGAACGUUCAAGUUCCACAGAAGACAGGGAAUUUGUUGACCACCUGAGUGACAACUGGAUUUUCAGGGACACAAGUAACACAUUGAAGCAUAAAAACGCAUAAUUGAAUUAACAUUCAAGAUUGCGCAGCUACCACACAAAUGUCCAAAUAAUAAUUUACAGAUUGUGUGUGGCUUUUGAUCAGUGUAACACAAGUGAUCAAUGAUUUUAGACAACACUGCCUCUACUUAUGAGUUAUGUUACGUACCAUUGCAUUAAUAUCAAUAGAAAACUGUUUCAUUUCAAAUGGUAAUUUAUGUUAUGAUAGGAAUAAAAUAAUAUCCCUUAAUAAUUGUACAUGGCACAAACUUCAAGCCUGAAUCCACAUUGCAGGUAAUAUUACAUUUAUGAGCAUAUUAAGGGUAUAGUCUCCUGGGAUCUGACAGUUUAGUUUGGUACGAACGUUUCGGAAGAACCUUCUGCCUCCAUCUUUAGGGUGAGGGUUGUUGCAGUUUCCUCCAAAAUAUUAUUAGAAUUUAACUGCAAAUGGAUUUUCACCCAGUGGCAAUGCUACUACAAUAAAACAGACAAAUAACACACACAAACAUGUUCAAAACACAGCACACAAAUAUUAGUAGAAAAACUAACAGUAAUGAAUGCGUAACAUCAUGUUCUCAUUUUCCUUUUAUCUCGCUUUACCACACUUACGUAACCCUCCCAUCCUUAACCUGUUUUUCACUUCACUUUUUGCUGAAUUCCACCUCUCCUUCACUUCGCAACAAAGUACGUAUCUACUAAACACAUCCCAGAGUACUGUAGUCUUAAAACAAGUUUUUAUAGAUGGAACUGGCAGAGUUAAAUUAGUCAAGAACUCUAUAUGAAUCACUUUUCUCUGUUUAGUUAAUUUUGUUUCUUGGGUCUUUACUAUUUUCUGGUGGUAUUUAUAUUCAAAUAGUGGCCUGUGGAUUGUGUGUCUCCUUUUUUAUGAAAAGAAGGAACUGUGUAAAUGACAACAGUUUUUUAAACAUUAAUAUGGAGAGGAAAUUCACAUCAGUGCAAUUACAACUUGUACACCUCAGUUCCAAAUGUUUUACCCAGUACAUUCUCUUUCUGCACUUUCCUAAUUUCCUUGACUGGGGUACCUUUUAUCAUUAAGCAAUUUUUGGUAUUCAGAUUUUAGGGAUGAAAUUUUGUGGAAGUAGUUUAAAAAGAAUAGUUUUAUUUAUAUACUUUUCCUUUAAAAAAUUCUGGACACAGAAGGCACAAAUAUGCCAAAUUAAGGGAAAAUGGGGAAAGAACAUAACUUCCCAUCUACAAUAUGUUUUCAGUACCUUUGCUUUGUAAAGUUCUAUUUUCUCUAUCCUUAACAUAUUAGUAUUCUGCAAAAUUUUGUAUACAAGGAGUGAAAAGGAGCUUGAGAUGUGCUGAUCUCACUGGCUGUUGUAAUAUGGUACUUUGAGAACACAGAACUCCAUAUAGCAUGAUCAUUUUCAGAAACUUGUAUUGGUGCUUGAUAACACACUAUUAUGGUGCACUGAUUUCUUAACAGUGCUAAAAGUACUGCCUAUAUGUUCAAGGACAAGUAAUAUGGGUGUGCAUGGUUCAGUUACUACAAAUAUGUAGGUCAGGAUGUCUGCCUCUCUCUUGCCUUACCGCACUGAAGAUGACAAUUUUCAUCUCUCAGACAUCAGGAAAUAAGCCCAUGAAAAGUAUGUCACCUUUAGUGAAUCUCUUAAGCAGGGAAUGUAAAUGAAUGUGAACUUGUAACACAGUCAGUGAAGUGUCAUUAUUAGUUUGUAUCAAUAUAAACUGUUUUGUUAUGAAAUGUUAUAGAGACUAAGCUUGAUUUUCAUUAUGAUGUAUACAAAUGUCAUUUGUCUUUAAAUGUAACAGCAUAUGAAAUCACUUUGAUGUCUCUUAUACACUUAAUUUAUCCUACACUGAUUCUUAAGGUACUUAUUAUUUUGCUCUGAAAUUAUACUAAUUCAUUUGUAUACCUCUUCAUUUACAUUUCAUUUGAUGCUAUUCUGUGCAUAAAAAUGUAUAAAUUGUAAUUUUAUGAGGAACAUAUUUCCACGAAGAUGAUGAAAGCCUAUACAAAUGGCAUUUUCAGCAUAACAUGUGUCUUAUUCUGUAUCUGUGUAUGUACAUUUAUAUGGAAUAUUUUUACUCAUUUCCUCAUAAUUAUUGCUUCAUUACAUCAAAUUCUACACAGGUCAUUCAGUGCAUAAGGCACUGGGCACUGGCACAGAUGUUGUUUGGUGCUAAUGUAAAAAUAUCCUGUGAAGUGCCUGAGAAUGGUUAAGUGCUGAAUACAGACACCUGACUGACAGGUCCUCUAACUGGUGAGUAUGUGUCAAAAGUUGUUGGUAAUAACAGAUGAAUAUGUCAUUGUAGCAAAAAGCAAGAAAAAUCUUAAUCAAAACUAAAAUCUGCAUGAAUCCACAUUAAACGUGAUAGUAUCAAUCUAAAAUAGGCCCUUAUGACUAUGAUAAUGAACCCUUUGGUUUCAUAAAAGGCAGAGAAAUUAUUAAGUUGCAGAGUAUCUGUUAGGAACUCAAAAAGAUGAGUCUGCUCCAUGUAAAUUUUACAAGGGUGCAAACAGGAUCUCAGGUUCUCUCUAUAUGUAAGUCUUUGUGGGCUUGGCGUAGAUAAUAAUACUAGUAGUGUCUAAAAUGAUAGUAAGAGGUGCCUAUUUAAGUUACACUGAGGAAUUGUUCUUUCACAUAGAAACAAGAACAUAUCUGUUGUAGGAUUGUGACACUGUGUAGUCUGGUAGAUGUCUACCAACAUUUUGGAGCAACAUACUGCCUCCAUCUUCAGGGUAGAAGAAUAUGUUGGGCAUGAUAUAUAGGGAAAGCAACAGCCAGGCAAGAAGCCUGGAGUGAACUAAUCCAAGUGUUAUCUGUGUUUCCUCGUUUUGGCAAAGGAACAGUAAUCGAAUGUUACAGAAACAUUAGAAUGUUCCAUGCAAUUAUAGUGACAUAUCUAAUAAUGGAUAAUCAUGACAGAUUUUUUUUUUUCAUUUGCAGCUUUCUUUCUCAAUUCUAAUCCAGUACAUUUUAAGCCCUUCAAAUUUCUUUCCAUUAAAAUAUAUUAUUUUCAUUUUACACCUGUUUCAAGUAGACAUGCUUAAAAUACCUUCUGUUCUCAUCUCUGGUCAGGAAUUUUGGUCCUUUUUUUUUUUUAUGACCUACGCCCAGUGGCUACAUGCGAAGAUAUUAAGAUGAAAACAUCUUUCUCCAUCACAGAGGAGUCAUGGCCGUAACUAUUAAAACUGCCAAGGUGCAAAAUAAUUUGGUAAGUGUGGGAGAUCUCUGCAAAAUGCAUUGCAGAGAGAGCGGCAUUUCUGUGUCCCGCAAACUGUCAAUACAUAAAUUUACUUGGGGUCAAGAUAUUCUGAAUAUUCUCUACACACAUGAACCAGAGCAGUCUGUACUGUAGGAGGGAAGUGCUAUGGAAACCAACUGAAGUUGGUUAACCUGCAGGUGUAGAAAUCACAAAUGCAUGUUCAAGUUGGACAGUGACUUGACUGUAAAAUAGUACUAUUAAGUAGACUUAAAUAUUUAAGGCGCAGUCUAAAAAUAUUAUAUUUACAAAAAUCUCAGGUGUUGAAUCAGUCUGAAAAAAUAUUUCAGUAAUCUAGGAUGUUCUUAUAUCUGCAUAAAUGGAAUAAAGAAUUCUUAUUAUUGGAUACCUCAAGCUAAUGAGAAAUAUUGUAAUUAGUUCAAGUCUAUAUUUUAGCAUGUAAGAGAAAGGCUGUUGGUGUUGUGUUUAGCCAAGUUUCCAUACAAUAUCUAAUUCAGAAUAUGUACAUUUUCAAAAUUUCCAAAGUUCUUUUGUUUUAUUCCUUAUUUAUGACAUAUAAAACAUCUAAAGAGGAAACUGGUUUUUGUGUUUGUCAAAGUGAAAUGAUCAGUCUUCCACACAUACUGAAACCACUACCCAAAUGU